GAAUAUAUAUAAAUUAUAUUCUUCUAUCUAUUUUCAUAAAGCGACGAUAAGCAUUUGUAAAGCAAAUGAGGAAUACGAACAUCAAGAGAAAUCUGACAUCUUCAACACCACGACUAUUAUAACCGACGUAUAUGUUUUCUUGGACACCACUUGGCCUUACUAUAGUAUUGUCAACUAUUUAAAUUACGUUCUACAGAAUUUAAAUAUAAAUCCAUUUGCCAGUUCAGUGACUAUAUUAGCCGCUUCAGAUGGUACUCCUAUAGUGAAUACAACCAACUAUAUAAACGAAGUUUAUGCUAAUUGGAAUGAAACCACACAUUCAAAAUAUAAUAGUGGUUUUAAAUUUCCCAUCAUUUUGAAUACUAUUCGAGAUUUGAUUGAAGAUAAAAUGAAUACAGAACGUCAGUUAGCUAAACCAGGGGGUCAGAGUUUGAUUGCUUUAAUCAUGCCCAGUCCAAUUGCCUAUGUUAGUGAAAGUGAUGAACGCUAUUGUUUACACUUUUUAGAUAAUCUAAACUAUACGCUUCCUGAUAUUAACAUCUUAUUCUAUGCUGGUGGUGCUGUGAUACGUUUUAAAAGUUUCGUUUGGGAUCCCGAAGAUGAUCUGUUUUUGUUAAGUUUAGACAAUAGCGUUGAACGAAGUGCUGAACAUGUUAUUAAACGUAUAAGAAAGGAACCUCGUCGCAUUACAAAUCCACACUGUGGUGCCGAUUGGCAACCCAACAAAUCGGCAAUGAAUGCAAUGAUGCAAACUGUACGUCCUGGGGGUAUUAAUUUCUAUCGAAUGGCACCAAAUUAUUUCUUCGAUAGGAAAAGCAUGCGUUACAUACAAGUAGAUGCGAACAAUGCUGUAACGGUGACUGUUUGUUUCUCUCGUGAGGUCAGGUACCCACAUCGUGAAGGUAGUUUGAUUCCGGCAAAUCAAGAUUGUCGUCAAAUCACUAGCCUUUCACAAAGCUACGAUCUAACAGAUGCUUGUACCGGAUAUGAUACUAUACUGCAGUGUCCACCGCUUUAUAUGUCAGUGCAAGCACAAACUUUUGCUGAUUCAACACAAGUGUCUUGCACUGACGAAGACUGUCAAAGUCCUGAUCAAGUAAGAUAUACAAUUUUUGUUAAUAAUCUGACUUGCAAUGCUGCCAUACGAAUUCGAUGGGGUUAUUUAAAUGCACUGAGCAUAAUCCUUAUUGUUCUCUGCAUCUUUUAUAAAAUUUUCUAAGCCUCUCUAAUUGAAUUUGAUAUAAGUCUUAUAAAAUAAGUUAAGUUAACGUUUUAAUA